GCGUGCGGUUGUCUGCCAGAGCUUGGUUUAAGAUGCUGAGAAUUCUUACGAUAAACUUAUAAAAUUCAGUGUUGCGUAUAAAUCAUUUAUUUAUAUUAUUUGGAUUAUUUUUUAUUCAUAGUACGUUGUUGUGUUGUCAUAAGGAAUGGACGAGGCUUAUGCACACAUGAAAAUAAGUCCACAGAGACAAGGAAAGUCUUUAUCGCCUCCUGAUGGUGGUUGGGGCUACCUGGUGUGCAUCGGUGUUGGAUUUACUUUUAUGCUAGGAUUUGGUUCAUCCAACGCUUUUGGUAUACUGUUUCAUGACUUCUUUUUGGAACAAGAUGGAGCCAGCGGCGUGCCUCUUGUAAUUGGUGUAUAUAAUGGCGCACUUUCAAUUGCAGGAUUUCUGAGUGGCAUAGCUUUGAAGAAGUAUUCGUUUCGACAAGUAGGCUUAGUUGGAGCUGGACUCUUUGUUCUUGGAGACGUGUUAACAAUAUUUGUUCAAAGAACCUAUCAACUUGUGUUCACAUUUGGAGUAAUAAGAGGUGCAGGAUUUGGUGUUAUGAUACCGGUUAGCUUUACUGCUUUCAAUUGUUAUUUCACAAAGAAGAGAACAGCUAUGAUGAGUGCAAACCAGACGAUGAGCAGUAUGGCAUCGAUAACGUUCCCACUUCUAGUCACCGUUCUUCUAGCAGAAUAUGGCUUUAAAUGGACCCUCGCUUUGAUCAUGGCUGUUGAUUUGCAUCUCCUGUUUGCAAUGAUGGUUAUGCAUCCCGUUGAAUGGCACAUGAUAAAGGAUCCUCAGGCUGCAGAUAUGAAAGUUUGUUCAAAACACACAUCAACUGCAGAACUUUCAUUACAUUGUGAUGUCAUUGAUACAUUUAAAUCAGAUAUAAUUGAUGAGGCAAUUAUAAAAAUGUUACCAGGUGACGAGAUUAUUGAAAUCAAGCCAACGCAGAAUCGACACGAAUCCUUACAAAAGAGUAUAAUGUAA